AUGAGCAGUCUGGAGCUAUGCUACCCUCAGCUCCUGAACUGGUCCUGCAGGGGAUUAGAGCGUCCUAACUCUGAGGCUGUCCUCCUCUACACGCUGUUCUCCUCCAUCGCCGUGAUCACUGUUGCUCUCAACCUGCUGGUGAUCAUCUCCAUCUCCCAUUUCAGACAUCUUCAAACCCCACCCAAGCUGCUCCUUCUCGCCCUGGCUAUAUCAGACCUCCUCGUUGGACUGCUUGUGAUACCUGUUGAAAGUAUGCGAAUCAUCGAAUCCUAUUGGUUGCUAGGUGAUAUCAUGUGCAGUCUGUCAUUCUUUCUUAGCUUUACUCUCACCUCAGCCUCGGUCGGCAUCAUAGUGCUCAUCUCGAUUGAUCGAAUUGUAGCAAUCAAUUAUCCUCUGCAGUACAUCAACAAGAUAACUCGCAGAAGAACUGAGGUCUGUGUGUGUCUGUGCUGGGGCUGCUCAUUUCUCUACAACGGGCUGAUUUUAAAAGGACAAUUUCCGUCUAAGGGACAACACUGUAAUGGUGAGUGUAUAGUGGUGAUUAACUAUGUCUCUGAAGCUGUGGAUAUUGUGGUCACAUUCAUCGGCCCCUGCUCAGGAGAGGAUGAUUUACAAGUUGUGGGUAUUGUGACCUGGUUGUUGUAUUUUAAUUCUUGUUUGAACCCACUCAUGUAUGUUUUUUUAUAUCCUUGGUUCAAAAAAACUAUCAAGUUUAUUGUGACCCUGAAGAUACUUGAGCAGAACUCCUCAU